UGAAAUUAACCAUUCUCCUUAGAGUUGUUGACUCACAUUGUUUCAAAAUAUGGGAUGACUAGCCCAAUUUUCUGUUUCAAAAUAUGGAAUACAACAUUCCUUUAAUCGGUAAAUGAAGGUUAUUUUUGUAUAUGAAAAAAGAAACAGAAAAUAGCAAAAUAGGUGGGAGAGAAGGUGUGGGGGCGCAUCAGAGACGAAAGCAGUGUUGUUUAACUACAGAAUCAUCGACCUGCAAAAGAUCUUUCUCGCUGUCUCAAGCCAUGGCGCCGGAGGCGGAGCGAUGGUGCGUCGUAACCGGUGGUAGAGAAUUUGCGGCGAGGCAUCUUGUCGAGAUGCUCGUUCGCUACGAGAUGUUCCUCGUCCGCAUCGCCGAUUUGACUCCGGCGAUUCAGCUUGAUCCUGAAGAAGAGAGUGGAGUUCUCGGCGAUGCAAUGAGAUCCGGUAGGGUUCAAUAUAUCUCCGCUGAUAUCCGUGAUAAAUCACAAGUCGUCAAAGCUCCGGAUUCUUCUAUCAAUAAUCACCAGCUUCAGUACUCGGUCAAUGUUCAAGGAACAAAGAAUGUGAUUGAUGCUUGUGUUGAUAAUGGAGUAAAGAGGCUUAUCUACACGAGCUCUCCUAGCGUUGUGUUUGAUGGUGUUCAUGGUAUUUUGAAUGGUAAUGAAUCGAUGGCUUACCCAUCCAAGCACAAUGACUCAUAUUCAGCAACUAAAGCUGAAGGAGAAGCGUUGAUCAUGAAGGCGAAUGGAAGUAAUGGACUACUCACUUGUUGCAUACGUCCGAGUAGUAUUUUUGGUCCUGGUGAUAGAUUGUUGGUUCCUUCACUUGUUGCUGCUGCUAAGGCUGGAAAAUCCAAGUUUAUCAUAGGUGAUGGGAAUAAUCUCUAUGAUUUCACUUACGUUGAAAAUGUUGCUCAUGCCCAUGUCUGUGCUGAGCGUGCUCUAGCUUCAGGAGGAGAUGUUUCUACGAAAGCUGCAGGCCAGGCCUAUUUCAUUACCAACAUGGAGCCAAUUAAAUUUUGGGAAUUUAUGUCACAGCUUCUCGAAGGACUUGACUACGAAAGGCCAAGCAUAAAGAUCCCUGCGUUUGUCAUGAUGCCGAUUGCACAUCUGGUUGAACUGACAUAUAAAUUCUUGGGACCAUAUGGGAUGAAAGUACCACAGCUAACACCUUCAAGAGUUAGGCUGCUCUCAUGCAGCAGAACAUUCGACUCCACGAAAGCAAAGGAUCGGCUAGGCUAUGCUCCUGUGGUGCCACUUCAGGAAGGUAUACGAAGGACGAUAGACUCAUUCUCUCACCUGACAGCAGCAAGUCAAUCCAAAAGAGAAGGCCCAUCCAAGGCUUCUAGGAUCCUUGGAGGCGGAAAGGUUGCUGAUACACUUCUGUGGAAGGAUUUAAAGCAGACUCUCACUGCCAUAUUCAUUCUAAUUAGUAUCUAUUAUAACUUUGUUGCAACUGGGUCUACCAUCAUAACUGCUCUUUCGAAGGCUCUAAUGGUAUCUUCGGUAUUUUUGUUCCUCCAUGGCAUUCUACCAGAGAAAUUAUUUGGUUAUACAAUUGAAAAGAUUCCUGCAUCGCAGUUUCAUCUCACGAAAGACUGGUCACAUCACCUCUCAUUGUCAGUGAUCUCUUCAUGGAACACCACUGUUAAAGCUCUAAAAUCUCUUUGCCAGGGGAAUGAUUGGAGCUUCUUUCUUGAGGUGGUCUUCGUUUUGGUAGUAUUAAGUUUCGCUGGAGCCAUAUCUCUUCACAGCAUAUUGGUUAUAGGGCUUCCUAUUGCUUUCAUUACUUUUCUCGUGUACGAAAAGAAAGAGCAGGAGAUAGACUCGAUAGUAUUGAGUUUUAAAUCUUUCAUAUCCAAGCAGAAAUCAGAUGUGUAUGAGAAACUGUUUGGAAGCGAGAAACAUGACUAAGAAUCAUUCCUCUCUGCGCAGCAUUUGUACUGUUCUUUUGUUUCCAACGACCUGUCUCUUCGCUCUGGUUUGAACCUUUUUUUUUCUGAAGUAUAUUGUUGUUUUGGCUCUUUUCUACUCAGUUCUGGUGGUUUUGUUUCCAUGCAUAUUAUUUACACGUGUUUGCAUUGUUUAGCAAUAAAAAUAAUAAAAAUUAAAAAAAAAAAUUUACAGUAACUCGAUAAAUUAAUAAUAUUAAAACUUUGAUAUUUUAUUAACUUAUAGGUUUUGGAUAAUUUUUUUUUAAUAAUUAAUUAAAAAUAAUAUUUUCUUUGAAUUUUAUAUUAUUUCUAAAUUUUCAUUAUAAAAUUGGAGAUAAAUAAUAAAAAUGUUUCAAUUUUAAUAUG